AUGACACAGGGUGUUUCACACGCCGAUCCACGCCGCCGCUAUCACAGUAACCACCGAGAGAUAUCGAAAGAUGAGAGAAGCGAGGCGGUUCGACGCUGGUUUGCAUAUGGCCCAAACCCGGAAGGAGAGCGCGGGGAGAUGGAGAUGAGGCGUAUGAGGGGCGUGAGGUGUGAAAGGUCAAGGAGGGCAGUCCGGGGAACAGGUAGAGAAACGAGCGGCGAGUCCGUACAAAGCGAGCCGAGAUGGAAGAAUCCGGUAAGGAAGGACUAUCGUCGCCCAACGGCGAACAGUGCGGUUGUCCUGCAGCAAUCCAGCCGUCGCGUUGCAGACUGGAAGAUCCGAGACAAACCCAACGGGUCGCAGUCGAGAAUGCGCGCGGGUUCUCAGCGCUGGACGUUGAACGCCACAGAUGACGGCACGUGA